UGCAGGUUAUCUCACUGCUGAACGCGCUGUACCGCAUGUUCGACUCGCGGAUCGACAUGUACGACGUGUACAAGAUGGAGACGAUCGGGGAGGUGUACAUGGUAGCCUCGGGCGUACCGCAGCGCACCGGCAAGGACCACGCCUCCGAGAUCGCCUCGAUGGCGCUGAGCCUGCUACACGGCGCCGAAAACUUCGUCAUCUCACACAUGCCCGGCGAGAGGCUGCAGAUCAGGAUCGGGAUCCACACUGGUGCCGUCGUGGCUGGCGUGGUGGGGACCAAGGUGCCGCGCUACUGCCUCUUCGGCGACUCAGUCAACACGGCCAGUCGCAUGGAGAGCACCGGGCUCCCGUUCAAGAUUCACGUGUCUGCCGACACGAAGCAGGCGCUGGACAAGUACGGCGGCUUCCUCACGAAGCUGCGCGGCGAGAUUGAGAUCAAGGGCAAGGGCAUGAUGCAGACCUUCUGGCUGAUCGGCAAGCACGGCUCGCUCGACCCCCGGCGCAGAGAGGCGCGCAGCCGCGCCCAGUCCAGCGACGACAUCACCUUCAAGUCGACCGUGUCUCGCCUGCUCUGCAUCAAUAAGUAG